GAUUUAAUAUUUCCUUCUAAUUUACCUAGGAUGCAUCGUGCUUCUACUAUGCACUGCGGCCAGUGUCGUCUAUACCUAUGUGAUAACAUAUCGAGAUGAUCUGCCAGCGAUAUUUGUGGGAGCGUUUGAAGCCAGGAAUACACUAUUAUUCUUCAACGAAUACUAUGAGCAACCAUGGACGCGAUGCCCUCCAUACCUCGUUGGUAUGGGUGUCGGGUAUUUUCUAGCACAAUGCAUAAGAAGGAAACCGAAGCUUCCUAAGGUAGCGAUUAUUUUGGGUUGGGUUAUCGCGACUUCAGUUGCCCUCUGCUGUCUAUACGGAAUUCACGACUACCAAAUAGGAGAAGACAACUGGAGUAAGUUUACACGUGGGACAUACAACAAUCUCUCGCGAAUCGGUUGGGCGUUGGCGGUGUCUUGGGUCAUAGUGGCGAAUCACCUCGGAUGGGGAGGCCUUAUUGCGACCUUCAUGGACCAUCCAAUUUGGCAACCAUUAGGCAAACUGUCGUAUUGCGCCUAUAUUGUGCACUAUUUCGUUAUUCGUUACUAUGUCUAUCGGGUGAUUCCUGUUGUCGUACUCUCGUACUUGCUCGCUUUCAUCUGGAGUUGCCUGUUCGAGAUCCCGACGGCAAAUCUUGAGAAGUUACUCAUAGCGACGUUGAUUCCACAGAAAAAAACGCAAACGCUACGCUCAAAUCCCGUAACUGCGCAAAGUCCUGACAAGGAGAUAGACAAGAACGAUAAUCAGACGUCAAACAUGAAAUUUUAA